CACUCACCAGGAUAGCUUAACAACCUGACAAGAGCAAUAAAUGGAGCUGUUUUUAUUUAUUAACAGAUGCUUACAUUUGAACUGCUAUCAAAUGUAGUUAAAUGCAUGAAAGCACGUAGGUAACAGAGGACUUAAUUGCUUGUUUUGCCUGAGAGGUUCAAUAGAACCAGCCUCUUACACGCCUAGUUUUCUCAGUCUCCCAUACAAACUUACCUGCACUAACUAGAAAGUCCAGUUUCUCCAGCAAGUCCUAGAGAACACCGGAGAGUCCUGGAGGCAACAUGGACCUGGACAGUAAACGGCUGGUACCAAAUGAAGUGCUGGCGCCGUCUCGCAGAGUGUUCAGUGGCGAGGAUGAGGCGUGGAAGAGCUACCUAGAGAACCCCCUGACUGCUGCGACCAAGGCCAUGAUGAGCAUCAACGGAGACGAGGACAGUGCCGCAGCUCUGGGACUGCUGUACGACUACUACAAGGUACCCAGAGAGAGGAGAGAGGGCCCCAGCGGAGUCAAACCCACAGACCCCUCUGCUGAUGGGCCAGAUGAAGGCGGCAGCUUGGAGAUGUUAGAUCCCCAUGUUCAGGCUCUCAGAUCCAUGCCUGUCAACCUCUCACUAAACAACAGCAACACUGCAGAACACCAGGGCUCCAGGUUUGGAGAGACCAGAGGAGGAAAUGGUAAAGGUGGUUCAGCUCUUCCUCUGGUCAAAACCGAGGGCCACACAUCUAUGGGAGUUCCCUGCUUUGGAGGUUCCUACAGAGAAGAACCCAGAGAGCCGACAAGGAUGGUUUACGAGCAGAGCCACUACUAUUUGUCCCGUGCUGGGUUCUUGAAAAAUGAACAAAGAAGCAAUCCAGACAAUAUAUAUGAGGACGCUGUGGAAGGAGAGAUGUACAACAGAUGUCCCUCCUCAGGAGAUGAAUUCCACUACAGCACACCGACUGACGACUUCCAGUACUGUCUGGAGGCCAGCAUGUCGCUGCGGCCGCGGCAGGGGGAGGGGCCCAUGGCCUACAUGAACCGGGGCCAGUUCUACGCUUUGACACUGUCCAAGGCCAACUGCAAAUCGUCAAUAAAUCAGCCCAAAGGCAAAGUGCGGGUGAGUGGACCAGCGCCUGAUGGGGGCCCAUCCAGUAAUGAGCAAUGCGCCAGGGGAGGCUCUGAGCUGCAGCGGGACAGUAUUGUUCAGAGUGUUAUCAUGGUUGUCUUUGGAGAAGACAAGUGCAGAGACGAGCAGCUGAAGAAUUGGAAAUACUGGCACUCCCGCCAGCACACUGCCAAACAGAGGGUCCUGGACAUCGCUGACUACAAGGAGAGCUUCAGCACGAUUGGGAACGUGGAGGAAAUUGCCUACAAUGCUGUCUCUUUCACAUGGGAUGUCAGUGAAGAAGCUAAGGUGUUUAUCUCAGUGAACUGUCUGAGCACAGACUUCUCGUCGCAGAAAGGAGUGAAGGGCAUGCCUCUGAUCAUCCAGGUGGACAGCUACAGCUACAGCAGCUGCAGCAGCAGGCCCAUCCACAGGGCCUUCGCUCAGAUCAAGGUUUUCUGUGACAAGGGUGCUGAGAGGAAGCUUCGUGAUGAAGAGAAAAAACAGCUCAGGAAGAAGAUGAAGGGGAAAAAUGGCAGCUCAGGGCAGACCCCCCCCUUCCAGAGGGCGGGCAGCACGCUGUUUAAAGCCUUGCUGGACCUGGAUUCCCAGCCUGUGCUUUUCAUUCCUGACGUGCACUUUGGAAACCUGCAGAGAGCUGGACAGGUGUUCGCUUUUAACAGUGAAGAGGCGAACAGAGAUCGUAUUCCCAUGAAGAGAAUGGCAUGUGUUGCUGAGGAGGAAGUCUGUGUGCCUCAGCCUAAGAAACCCAAAGUGGAUCUGCAAAGGAGAGUCCUGCUGUACGUGAGGAAGGAGUGUGAUGAAGUGUUUGAUGCCUUAAUGCUGCGCUCCCCAACCCUUAACGCACUGACAGAGGCCGGUCCUGGUGAACAUGGACGACAACAUGAUCCAGCACUACUCCAACGAGGACACCUUCAUCCUAGCUGUUGAGAGCUCUGCGGAAUCCUUUCGCGUCACUCUGUCAGAAAUCUGAGGGUUUCUUACUACCUGUUAACUUAAGUUCGUAUGCAGAUAGACAGUAGGUAAUUGUUCCGGUCCCAACAGAGCGCCCGGCCUCCUGCUGUGUCCGCCGGAUGAACAGCAGCAUCUGCUUCCUCUGUCUUCCAGUUAUUCUCAACGUCACCUCUGGUGGUGAAAGCUUUUCAAUGACUUGAUCAGGUGUAUGAAAGGCAUAGUUUUCUGGCACUUAACAGUUUAAGUUAAUGGAUUAAUGUUUUGUAUGAAUGUUGUUAUUUUUUCAAUUCCCUAUAAAGUGCUUUUGUCAAGUUUUUAAACUGAAUUUCUCUUUUUUUUUUGGUUGCCCAUCUUUUAUUGAUUGGUCAUAUUGUAACUGGUGCCCAUAAGUGCAUGGGAAAUCCCAGUCUCCCAUAGUGGUGACAUGCUGGUGUCUCAGCAUCGAUAAUUGCAUGAGGCCUGGUUCUGGAGAUGCUGGAACAGGACAGUGAGUCUCCAGUAUGCUGUUGAACUGUUUUGCUUCCCCUGUGCAUGUGUUUAUUGUUUUUCCUCCUUCUGAAGAGACUGUACUCAUUAGUGUUUAUGACAUUAGUCGGGGACUUAACUGCUCCAUCCAUUUACACAAUCUUUUUCUGAGGCCCCGGCGAAUAUCAGAGCCUAACAGUGAAAAGUUUCAAGCCUGUUUGCACCUGAUUAAUUGUAUCCUAUUAGCAUCCUUAAUUUGCUUGAUGCAACAUAAUAUAGAGUAUUUUGAAUAAGUUGAUUUUUUUUUACUAUUUAAUAUGGCACCCUUUAUUAAGUCAAUAAUAGGAACACAAUAGUUGCCAGGUUGUGAUGAAUAAUACCUGUUUAUUUAAUCUUUUUUUGCUUGUAAAUGUUCUAAAUUGUGGUCGGCAUCCUCUGUGGUCUUCAGGCAGCUUUUUAAACACGUGCUAAUUAUUGGGUUGUAUCUGGGCUGGUAUGAAUAAAGCUGCUUAAAUAAAAAAGUGAGUAACAAUAUUAAAA